UUCACGACAGAGAGAGAAAUCAGAAAGAACGAAAGAGAGAUCUGACUUUCUUUCUCUGCUUUGCUUCUUUGAAGCACUUCUCUUCUCUUCUCCAAAAACCUUUACACUUCAUCGUUCGGAAAUUGAAGAAAGGGUAACAGAGUUUUAGAGAGCGAAAGAGGGGUUAGAUAGAGAAAAAUUGGAAGGAGAUGGCGGGCGGCGCCACUGCACUUACUCGAGCGGUGGUGUGGUUGGUUUUGGCGAGUUGUUGGACGAUUUACCAAUUACCCAUUACACAAGCUAUCUGGUUGACUCUACCAAGUUCAGGAACAAAGUGCGUGUCCGAGGAAAUCCGGAGCAACGUCGUCGUUUUGGCCGAUUACGCCGUAAUCACUGACAACGAACAUCCCAAUGUCAUCCCCACCAUCGCUGCCAGGGUAACAUCACCAUAUGGAAACAAUCUCCACCACCAAGAGAAUGUAACCCAUGGUCAAUUUGCAUUUACAACCAGUGAGGCUGGCAACUACAUGGCAUGUAUUUGGAUUGAUGGCAACCAUCAAGGAGGUAAAGGUGUAACUGUUAGUCUUGACUGGAGAAUUGGGAUCACUGCAAAGGAUUGGGAAUCAGUUGCGAAGAAAGAAAAGAUUGAGGGAGUUGCACUUGAGUUAAGGAAACUUGAAGGAGCAGUGCAAGCAAUCCAUGAGAAUUUAAACUAUCUCAAGAAUCGGGAAGCAGAGAUGAGGGAAGUGAGUGAAAAAACAAAUGCUAGAGUGGCAUGGUUCAGUAUCAUGUCCCUUGGCGUCUGCGUUGCAGUUUCAAUUUUGCAGCUGUGGUACUUGAAGAGCUUUUUCCAAAAGAAGAAGCUUAUCUAGUUAUGUGUUUUUUUUUUUUUUUUUUUUUUUUUU